CGUCCCCCUCCCCCCUCCGCCAAGAGAUCCUCCUCCGGGGGGCUCGACCCGACACGACACCUACCACCGGCCAAACCCCAAUCCAUCCUUCUCGAAGCUUCUAGAUCCUCCCCCCUCCGCCACCAUGGCCACGCCCCUCCCCCUCCUCCUCCUCCUGCUCCUCGCGCCGCUCCUCCCCUCCCCCGCCCCGGCCCGCGCCGCCUCGCUCUCCCCGCUCCCGGCCACCUCCAACGCCUCGGCGCACGCCUACGCCUUCGCGGGCCGCGAGCCGGUGCCCGCCCCGGAUCCCACCUUCUUCGACGACGUCGUCGACGCCGUCGCCGACAAGUACGGCUGGGACCCCGACGCCGAGGUCCGGGUCUGGCCGCUCGACGCCGGGGGCGCGCUCGUCGGCGCCGUGCAGCGCUACGAGUUCCGCGCCCGCGCGGGGGGCGCCGCGGCCGCGCUGGCGCGGGCCUCCGACGGCUUCGUCGACUGGAGCCACCCCGAGGCGCCCGCCGUGGAGGAGGUGCUCGGGCCCGACGGCGUCGACUUCGUCGCCGGCGACGGCGCCCUGGCGUUCGGCUCCGGCGUCAGGGACCUCGACCUCGUCGGGCCGCUCGAGGUGUUCGUCUCCGAUGGCGCUGGCGGGGGCCUCGCGGAGCUCCAGUUGCCGUCGUUGAAUGCCACGUAUACAGGGUUGAAGAGGGUACUUGUUGCUGCUGGUGUUGCAUUAAAGAUUACUGGUGCACAGAGAGUGUUCUUUUCCCAUCCUCACAGUAUAGGUCUCUUAGCAAAUGGAAGCUUGGUUGCCACUAACAAGGACCUAAGACAAAUAUUGCCUCUCAGCCACUCAACCUGUGCUCCAUUACUUCACAUGCGUGUUGUAGGAUCAUCAGUUACAAUAGUUGCACAUGAAACCAAUGUCUCUGGGGGCCACAUGAAGCCCUUGUUGACUUCUGAUGACGCUAUCGAGUUACUGUCAGACCAGUCUGAAGUGAGCGACAUGUCAGAUCGGUUGAUCUCAGCAUGUGCGUUCUGCUCAGUUAGUCCAAGGCUGCCUAGGCUUGAAAAACUCCUGAAGACUUGGUUCAGUGAGAGGAAUGGGUUCAACAGAACAAUGAACUUCUUCGAAGCUAGAGUGACGUCGAUGACCCUGGUAAAAUUCCGUUUGGAGCUCGAGAGGGACAUUACUGAAGAGGACGACAUCUGGGACGAUGUUCCAGAGUGGAAAACCUUGCCUGUGGUCCAGCGAAUCACGCUUGACGUCAUCGCUAGGGUUGAGGAAGAGGGAAGGCUCAAGGCUAUAUCGGUGAAGAAGGUGAGGAAAUCUUUACAGAUAGCAGACGCUACUUCGUGGAGCAGCCUGACUUCGAACGUCUCCUUCGCUGACUUCACGUCGUUGGUUCUGCCGCCUGAUCCAUUGUCACUGGAUGUAAAGUGGUAACAGUUUCUUCUUGUUUAUUUACUUCUGUUAGUGAUAGGGGCUGAUAGGAAAUUGCACAUAUACAUCAAUUCCGUGUAUAAUUGUCGGGCCGGAAGUGUACCUGCAAAUGUGGUUUGUCUGUAACGCAAUGUUGAAAUUUUGUACUGUUCUUGACUACGUUGCUGCCUUUUGUCCGGACCACAGUGGGGUGGUUGAUUUGAGCUCAUUACCUGAAGUUGCAGAUA